GAGGGUGCAUCCCCCGGUUUGUGAGUCUGUCAAACAUUGAGGGUUCAUUUGUUUUUCAUUUCAAAGCUAAGUCAUAAUUGAGCUUUUUGCCAACUCGCUCAUGUUGUUGAGCUCAUUCCUGCAUCAUGAGAAUUAAAACCUGUCUGGCCAUAUGCAUAUUAUUAUGUCUGUGUGUCAUCAUUAAUGUCGCCAAUGGUGGCUCCGCAUGCAGUGAUGUAACCUACGUCACCAGGGACGAAUGGAACGCCAGGGACCCUAAGGCUCGCGUUGACAUGGUCAACCCCCUGGGCUUCGCCGUGGUGCAUCACACGGCCGGCUCGGAGUGCACCACGCCGGACGACUGCGCACAAGAGGUCCGGAACAUGCAGAAUUAUCACAUGGAUGGACACGGAUGGGAUGAUAUCGGUUACAACCUUGUGAUUGGUGGGGACGAGAGGGUCUACAUAGGGCGCGGCUGGGACACCGUAGGUGCCCACGCUGGUUCCACGUUCUUCAACCAAAACUCCGUGGGCAUCACGAUCAUCGGAGACUACACCAACAAACUGCCCACCGACGGCGUACUCCGGGUUCUCAAGCAGCUACUAGUAUGCGGUGUGGAGUCCGGUCACCUGACCGAGCAGUACCUGCUGCGAGGACACCGUGAUGUACGGGAGAGCGGCCCCACGGCUUGCCCCGGCGACACGCUGUACCCAGAGAUCCAGACCUGGCCCCACUUCCUCGAACAGUGCCCAGACUAACUCUCAUAGAGAGAAGAAAACAACUAGAGGUGGGCGUUUGUUGAGUUACAAACGCAGAGUGGUCGAGCAGACAACUAUUUCAUUAAACACUGCGCAGUUUAAGUUAUGAAUGAUCAAUUAUUUUAUGUCAGAACAAAGGAUCACGAAAAUUUAACCUUUCCAGUACAACCAAUUUUUUGUUUAAAACAAAAAUGCAUCAAAUUUCAGUACACAUUUUAUGUGCACGUUUAAGUUAUUUCUGGUUUGUUGACGUCAUCAGCUAGCCCAAAAGGGGAACGUGAAUACCAUGGGCGUCGCGAGGAGGGGG